GUGACACUGUUGAUAAAUGUUGUUCCUUGUUCCUGGUGUAGACUACAGUGUGACACUGAGCACGAAGUCACAUAUCUUUUCAUAAUUGGUCUACCAUCACAUGCAUCGAAAUAUCCCGUGCUAUUUUUUUGUCGUUUAAAGUAACAUUUCUGCCUGGGGACUGGUACCAGUUAUUUUUUUAUUAGAGUAGGCUACGUUACCAGGCCUCACGUAAUGCCUCGGUCUUUAGUCGCUUGUGGAUUGGUCUAGCCUCGCUCCAACGCGUACGCUAUUGAAUCAGGAAGUCCGAAAACAGACGAUACGUUGUAGGCUAUCAUACAAAGCACCGUGUCUAUGACUUCGUUUUGGGGUGAGCUGGAGACAUGCAUCCACCAUCUCGGAAGGACUUUGUAUCUUUAACCCUCACUGAAGCAUCAGGAAGCGUCAAUUAUAACAACAGCAAGCAGUGGCGAAGGCAAUCAUGCUGGAGGAAAUGGAAGCAGCUGUCCCGGUUGCAGCGCAGUCUCAUCCUGUUUGCCUUGGUUCUGCUGCUAGUCUGUUGGCUGUCCACUUACCCUGCUGUCACGGACCAGCUCCAAGGCCUUAAUGUUGGAGAUGUGGAGAAAGUAGAAGACAAGGAAGGAGACCUUGGGCUGAAGCCUCUCGUUCCGAAGGUUCUAGCAGAGCCAGGGAAACAGGAGAGACCUCCCCAGCUCGAGACGUCCUCAGAGAAGCAGAAAAGACUCGCUCGCAAGCGUGGGCCACCAGUCCUGCAGCACCGGCUGCAGAAGAAGGGGAAUGGCUCCGACACGCAGGCAGAGGAGCACCGAGGACCUGAUGUUGUGAAAGGAGAAGGAAAGGGGGAGAAGGGAGAAGAAAAGGGGGAGAAUUGGCGGGGGGCUGUGGCAGAUGCUGAGGACCCAGGAAAAGUCGCAGAGAAUAGGGGUGACUCCCCCGCUGAUGAAGAGGACCGUUUAUCUCAAGAGACAGCCAGUAGGCUGGAGGCCGUAAAAGAGGCUUUCAGACAUGCCUGGAAGGGUUACAAAGAAUUUGCCUGGGGCCACGAUGAGCUGAGGCCCAUCUCCAAGUCCUACGGAGAAUGGUUUGGCCUGGGCUUGACGCUGAUUGACGCCCUGGACACCAUGUGGAUCCUUGGACUGAAAGAAGAGUUUGAGGAGGCCAAGACCUGGGUGAGCACAGAGCUGUCCUUCAACAAGAACGUGGACGUGAACCUGUUUGAGAGCACCAUCCGCAUCCUGGGUGGCCUGCUGAGCACGUACCAUCUGACAGGGGAGGCUGUGUUCCUGGACAAGGCUAAAGAUAUCGGUUCGAGGUUGAUGCCGGCCUUCAGCACGCCGUCGAAGAUCCCCUACUCGGACGUGAACAUCGGGAAGGGCACGGCCCACCCGCCUCGGUGGACGUCCGACAGCACGGUGGCCGAGGUCACCAGCAUCCAGCUGGAGUUCAGAGAGCUGAGCCGCCUCACCGAGGACGACCGCUACCAGGCUGCCGUGAGCGAGGUCAUGAAGCAGGUGCACAAGCUGGAGGGCAAGCAGGACGGCCUGGUGCCCAUGUUCAUCAACACCAACAGCGGCCAGUUCACCCACCAGGGCGUGUUCACGCUGGGCGCGCGCGCCGACAGCUACUACGAGUACCUGCUCAAGCAGUGGAUCCAGGGAGGCAAGAAGGAGCCAGAACUGCUGGAGGACUACCUGCAGGCUAUGGAGGGCGUGAAGAAGAACUUGCUGCAGAAGUCCUCUCCUAAGGGCCUUACGUUUGUAGGAGAGCUGUCUCAUGGACAGUUCAGCCCCAAAAUGGACCACCUGGUGUGCUUCCUGCCUGGGACCCUGGCCCUGGGGGCCCACCACGGCCUGCCUGCGGACCACAUGGAGCUAGCCAAGCAGCUGAUGGAGACCUGCUACCAGAUGUACGCCCAGAUGGAGACAGGCCUGAGCCCAGAGAUCGUCCACUUCAACAUGCACCAAGGCAGCAUCCGGGAUGUGGACGUGAAGCUUGCCGACAGACACAAUCUCCUUCGCCCCGAGACGGUGGAAAGCCUGUUCUACCUGUACAGGUUCACGAAGGACAAGAAGUACAGGGACUGGGGAUGGGAGAUUCUGCAGAGCUUCAACAAGUACACCAAGGUGUCCACGGGUGGCUACACGUCCAUCAACAACGUCCGCGACCCAGACUACACCAGUCCCCGGGACAAGAUGGAGAGCUUCUUCCUAGGGGAGACCCUCAAGUACUUCUACCUGCUGUUCUCAGACGACCCGAACCUCCUCAGCCUGGACCAAUACGUGUUCAACACAGAGGCCCACCCCCUGCCUAUAUGGGCUGCAGCUGAGUAGCACCCAGAAGGCAACAAUGGACACACACACAGCUCAGGGCUUGGCUAACACCAAGAUAUCUCUUUAUUUCUUUUCUACAACUCAGUGACUGAAGAACAAGUUACUUAUGCUUCUACCAACUCGUCGUCAGCAACAAAAAAAUGCCUCUACCUAAAGCCGGAAUUCAUUGUUUUGAUUUCAACUGAUUGUAACAAUAGCCAUGGAGAAAUGAUUGAGGCCCAGCCUCGCUAUUUAUUGAAUUUGUCUACUGUCUGAGGACGGACCUGCCACUUCUGAUAACGACAAACUGUUUACUGUGGAGAGUGUGAGAAAGAAUGUGUACCGACCUGGCUGUGUCCUCGGCCCAGCUGGGUUAAUUACUCCACAUUUCUCCAGCAGCCAAUGAGCUGAGCCUCAGAGCGCCUUAAAUCCAAGCUGUGUCUUUAUGUGAAACAGCAGACGGCGAGGAGGUGGAGGCGCUAACUGGCACCCAAAGAAGUGACGUCCAAAUCCACCCUGGGCACCCGGGGACAGAAAAUGAUGCCCGUGUGCUCAAACUUCUUGUGUCCCCUGGUGUCUUCCUACUCAGAAUAGUAUGUGGAGAUUGAAAAUCACUUCUUUUCUGCCCGUUGUGGACAGAUUAAUUUACAUACUGUGAAGCGUUUUGUGUACGGUGAUUGCAGGAACACGAUAUCUAAUUUUCCUUGAUGUUCAAUUUGACUGACCAGCUGCUAGAGAUUUUUAUUGAAUGUUAUUUAGUUUGUCGUGGUGUAUCAGAGUUAUAAGGAUAGUUGUGUUCACCUAUACAGAUAGAUAUUAGCGAUUACAUUUAAAUUAAUAUAAUUGGAGUUGAUUUGUAGUGUUUGGUGGGAUAUAUUAUAUAUUGAUAAUUUUGCCCCAGAAACGGGAGUAGCUGUAGCACUAGUUAAAUCUGUUGCAGCUCUGACUUCACAGUCAUUCCUGUAUUUAGCUGAAUGUUCAGAUGUUUAUUCCUCCCAGAUGUGGUUGUUAUUGUUGUCUUUAAGAAUGAAUACUUGCCAUCCUCUUUGUGCUGAAUGUGUUCACUUUUUUGAGUUUGAAGGUGAGACCUCCCUGUAGAUGAUGUCACACGUGCCUUCAGUGUUGCCCUAGGCAACAUUAGGAAUUGUUACUGUCGGACUCCUGUUUGUCGACUGUCCGUCACAAUUUUCUUUGACAUGUCAUUCGUACAUUGACGUUUUGUUAUUGACAUUUGUAUUGGUCGGUGUGAUUUAUUGUUCAAACUUGUGCAUUUAUAUAUCCACAAUGAGAUAAUGUGACAAGAUUUAUAUUUUUAAGCAGCACCUCAGAGCAAUCAUUGGGUUUUCCUUUCCCAGUAUAUGUAGAAUACCCAGUAUAGUGUCAUAAGGGCUUUUUUUUCUUCUUAUUCUGCUGUUUAAUUUGAAUUGUAACCACUGAUCUCCAAUUCAAAGUUCACAUGAUGUUCAGCAUGGCUCCUAAACCAAAGAAAUGCUGAUUAUUAUUAGACGGAAUCAAUUUUCAAUUAAAAUCAAGCCAUUUCUCAAAGCCAUGUAUUAUAAAACGAUUAAUCUGCAGUUGUGUAGCUCUCUAACUAUGGUAUAAAGUAAGUUAACAAUUAAAAAUGAAUUUGUGGAGCACCUUAUGGUUUUGGUGACAGUAGAAUUAAAUCAUUUGAUGGGAACAUUUUACCCUUGAGUUGAUCUGGACCUCAAUUUCCGAGGUCCAGAUCAAUAAGCCUUUAUAUUUACAACUUAUCAGAGCAGCAUCAUUAAAAGUCUUAAAGAAUAAAACUAUACCGUGAUUUUUGUCAAGGUCAUGCAGUUGUUAAACCAAGGGCUUUGGCUAAUGGAACCAAUGUUUGGUUCUAAGUCUACAAACAUCCAAUCAUGAAAAUACAUUAUGUAUUGUCAAUGUCAUGUUUACAAGAAAUGUCUGGAAACAGAUCUGCUUUAAUUUUGUAAAAAUGUGGAGAUUAAUAAAAUACUUUAUUGAACAACAUU